GCGGCAGGGCCUGGAACAGUCGGAGCAGCCGCUGGCAGAAGGAUGACCCAAGACGGGAAGCAGGCUGCUGGGCCUCGCCGGCUCCCGUGCUUGUAACUGCCCCAGCCGGGCCCCCCCUCCCCCCUUGACCUACCCGCCCUUCAGUGAAUCUCCAGACCUAUUUGCUCAGGAGCUCAGCCUGGCCUUACUUCCACGAUAAAAGGAGGAAAGCCAUCUGGAAAACUACUCAAGUUUACCUCUGGUGGUAGCCAAGAGACUGUAUUCUUCUGGUGCAUUGUAAUCAAUGCCACAUAUUAUCAGGCUGGCUACAGCAAACAUCAUUCAAGAUGUCCAGCAAAGGGAGCAGCACAGAUGGGAAAACAGACUUAGCUAAUGGAAGCCUGUCCAGCAGUCUGGAGGAGAUGUCUGGAGCUGAAGAGGGGAGGGAGACAUCCUCAGGCAUUGAAGUGGAGGCCUCAGACCUAAGUUUGAGCUUGACUGGGGAUGAUGGUGGCCCUAAUCGCACCAGCACAGAAAGUCGAGGUACAGACACAGAGAGCUCAGGUGAAGACAAGGACUCUGACAGCAUGGAGGACACUGGGCAUUACUCCAUCAAUGAUGAGAACCGAGUGCAUGACCGCUCAGAGGAAGACGACGAGGAAGAGCAACCUCGGCGCCGUGUACAGCGCAAGCGGGCCAACCGUGACCAGGACUCAUCAGAUGAUGAGUGGGUCCUGGAAGACUGGGUGUCUUCAGAGACAACAGCCCUUCCCAGACCUCGCUGGCAAGCCCUUCCUGCUCUGCGGGAGCGGGAGCUGGGUUCAAGUGCCCGCUUUGUAUAUGAGGCCUGUGGGGCAAGAGUGUUUGUGCAGCGUUUCUGCCUGCAGCAUGGACUUGAGGGCCAUACCGGUUGUGUAAAUACCCUGCACUUUAAUCAACGCGGCACCUGGCUGGCGAGUGGCAGUGAUGACCUGAAGGUGGUGGUAUGGGAUUGGGUACGGCGACAGCCGGUUCUGGACUUUGAGAGUGGCCACAAAAGCAAUGUCUUCCAGGCCAAGUUCCUGCCCAACAGUGGUGAUUCCACCCUGGCCAUGUGUGCCCGUGAUGGGCAGGUUCGGGUAGCAGAACUGUCUGCCACACAAUGCUGCAAGAACACAAAGCAUGUAGCCCAGCACAAGGGAGCAUCCCACAAGUUGGCCCUGGAACCAGACUCUCCCUGUACGUUCCUGUCUGCAGGUGAAGAUGCAGUUGUCUUCACCAUUGACCUGAGACAAGACCGGCCAGCUUCAAAACUGGUGGUGACAAAGGAGAAAGAGAAGAAAGUGGGGCUCUAUACAAUCUAUGUGAAUCCUGCCAAUACCCACCAGUUUGCAGUGGGUGGACGAGAUCAGUUUGUAAGGAUUUAUGACCAGAGGAAAAUUGAUGAGAAUGAGAACAAUGGAGUACUCAAGAAAUUCUGUCCUCAUCACCUGGUGAACAGUGAGUCCAAAGCAAACAUCACCUGUCUUGUGUACAGCCACGACGGCACAGAACUCCUGGCCAGUUACAAUGAUGAAGACAUUUACCUCUUCAACGCCUCUCACAGUGAUGGGGCUCAGUAUAUUAAGAGAUAUAAGGGCCACAGAAAUAAUGCCACAGUAAAAGGUGUCAAUUUCUAUGGCCCCAAGAGUGAGUUUGUGGUGAGCGGUAGUGACUGCGGGCACAUCUUCCUCUGGGAGAAAUCAUCCUGCCAGAUCAUUCAGUUCAUGGAGGGGGACAAGGGAGGUGUGGUAAACUGUCUUGAGCCCCACCCUCACCUUCCUGUGCUGGCUACUAGUGGCCUAGAUCAUGAUGUGAAGAUCUGGGCACCCACCGCUGAAGCCUCCACUGAGCUGACAGGGUUAAAGGAUGUGAUUAAGAAGAACAAGCGAGAGCAGGAUGAAGAUAGCUUGCACCACACUGACUUGUUCGAUAGCCACAUGCUCUGGUUCCUCAUGCAUCACCUGAGACAGAGACGUCAUCACCGGCGCUGGCGAGAACCUGGGGUUGGGGCCACAGACGCGGACUCUGAUGAGUCUCCCAGCUCCUCAGACACAUCGGACGAGGAGGAAGGCCCCAACCGGGUGCAGUGUAUGCCAUCCUGAGGCCUCAUUCCUAGGAGGGGUGGGCUGGGACUGCCAACCCAAACCUGCCUGGACAACCCUUUCCUGUCCCAGGCCCCUACCUUCAGCAGAAGCGCACUUUGGACUUUUUGCUUUAGAAAAAAGAAAGACAUCCCAGGAAAAGGUCAUACCAGAGGGGAACAAACCAACAGAGAACUUAGAAAUGGGAGUUGAGCCCUGGAAUGGAGUUUCAUGGAAAGGUACAUAGGACUCAGCAGAAAUGGCCUCAACCCAGAGCCUUUUUUGAGGGGUGGGGGGUUGGGGGUCCUAUUUUGUGAACUGGUUUAGGAUAGGGAAAUGGGACUUCUUUGUCUUUAAUCUCCCUUGUUUCUUGGGCAGGGGGUGGGGGGAAACAACUGGCUAUUCAGUCCCAAGGGGUCAGAGUGGGCGGCAGGAGCACCACUCUCUCUUUGGGUUAGGUUUUUGACCUUUUUUCCUUUGUUUUUAAAACAUCUGUAACAGUUUGUUUCUUUCCCCCUGGGCAAUCCCAUCCCAGGUACCUGUUUUUCAAGGAAGUCCUAGAGCCCCUAACCAUCCCGCUCUUCACUUUCCACACUUCAUUCAUUUUCUGUACUUACCACAGUGUUUUGCACUUGAUUAUGUAUCCUUCACUCUCUUCUCUUCAUCCCAUCACCCCCUAAAUAGAUCUAGUGAGGGAGGUUGGGGAGAGGUGGGAGGACGGGCCAGUGGUGGAGGACAACUAGGAAGAAUGUUACCUCUUCUGUUAUUUUGUUUUUUAAGUUGUUUGGCGGCAGCAGUCUCCCUGUCCCUAUCACUGUUAGAGGCCUACUUUUCUAUCUAUAAAUAUAUUAAAAAGCAAGUCA